GGUAGACGGCUUAGAUUGAGCUUCGUGAUAUCGCUGUGAGGUUUGGAAUUGUGCGGUGAGAGGAGCUCAGGAACGGUGUUCGGGAAGGGCAAAACCGGCAUGGCGAACGGGGAGGGCGCUUUCUUUCAAUGCCAAAACCUGGAGAAAACCUGAGCUGAACAUGCUGGCUUGAAGUUGAAGUUGAAGCUUGAAGUUGAAUGAGGUGCAUGCUUAGCUGCUUCCAAAUCCGCAUGUGGGUUAUCAUGGGUGUCCAGCGUUUCUCAAAGAACCUGCCCUGAUCAGGCUGGCUGUUUUGCCUGAGUAUCCCGGGUAAACCGGUCGCACUUUUUAGAGAGCUCCUCUGCUUCAUUGCAAGCUGGUAAAAAUGGCAGACAUACAGGACGGGGCUGUUUUCGUGCACCAGGCACCUGAAGGACAUGAAGACCAAGUGAUGCAUACAGGCUAUGACGAAGUGGGGGAGCACACCCGAGCCCUGCUGGCUGUUGAAGAAGAUGAGGAGACAGACUAUGAAGAGUACACGAGGAAGUGGUAUGCAUUCAACCAGGCAGCACACAAGUUGAUGGUGGACAACAUCCUGCUCCAGACACUUCCUAGCGAGGAAGAGAUCCUGCAAGCGGACCCCGCGUUCUUCAACAAGAAGAGCGACACGUCUCACCGCUCAGUGAUUGCCCGCUGGAAGCAGUACCAAGACAGGCUGGACGCCAGGAUAACGCCCGAUGGAGAACCACUGCUGUUCUUCAAGAACAAGCCUGAGAAACUGGUUGCACAUACUGGGCAGUGGCGGGAGAUAGUGGACAGCUGUCAUUGCCCCGCAAAUGGAAAUCAUUACGCCCUAAGAGGCAUCCAGGAGCGGAUGGCAAAGGACUGGAUUACUGACCCCCAGAAGCACGGCAUUCCCGGGGCUUACGCUGACGCCCGCAGGCAGAAGUGCAUGUUCUGUCGAGCUGCGGCCGAGCAGGAGGCAGCGGGGGUGAAGAGGGGAGCGGAGGAAGUAAUUGACGGCCGGCCCGUCAAGCAGACGAAGCGAGCCGCACGGACGAAGCUGCAGUGGAAUGAGACGCUGGAGAUGCCGCUCAAGGACGUGAUCCCGUACAUUGAGAGUAUCCUGCUCAAGUACCGGGUCCACCUGCGGCUGGAGAACCGCUAUCCGGUGAAGCGGCCCCGGCCAGGCUGGGCAACGACGUACAUUUGCCACCGCGGGGGCAGCAAGGACCAGAGCUACCGGCCUAAGGGGGAGGAGCACAAGAGGUACAAGUCGAGGCGGUGCGAGUGCGGGUUUCGGGUCCAGGUCACAGUACCGACCGCCGACAGUCCCGCAGGGCCGCAGCCCGACGGCGACGACACGGCGGUGGUGCGCACGUUUCUUGAGCACGACAACCACGACCCGUAUUCGUUGGAGGAAGCCAAGUACCUGCCCACGCACCCAACGGCGCUCGCGUUUGCGGAGGAGGAGCUGGUGAAGAUCAACGACAGCAGUGCGGUGCUGGAGCGCAGCAUGGCAGUGGCCGGCGAGCUGUUCAACGUGGCCAGCGACGUGGACAAGGCCAUCUACAAGUUCUACAUCACGCGAUCCGAAAUCACGCAGAUGACGCAAGCGCGGAGUGAGAACAUCGAGACGCUGAAGGCGACGAUCAAGUCGCUGGAGAACGAGCUGGCGCAGAUGAAGUCAAUCGUGCGGAAGAUACCGCCCUCCGUGCUCAAGAACUUCAACACCGACCUCACCGCAGGCCUUCUCAAGUGCCAGGAGGUGAUGGCGUCCGCUCGUGCAGAGCAAGGUGCUCCUCAGCGUGCGCUCAAGUCUGGGUUGGUGGACUUGAUACGCUAUCAUCUGGAGGGCUCCCGUAUCAAUGCUUGGCGGAAAAAGGAGGUAGACGUGGACCUGCUGCCGUUGCCAGAGGGCAGGAGGGUUGCACCCCCCAGCAAAGCAUUGACAUUACAGCAAUAUAUCCGAUUGGAUGGACAAUAGUAACCAUAUCAUGUGACGCAAUCAUUAUCGCAAAUCGCAUGGACCCGGGCCUGGCCAAACUUGUACAAAAGCCGAGCUCAUGCCGGGUUCGUUAAAACUCUGGCUUUCAGAUUUUAGCAGCGCCCCCUUGAAUUGUAAGGCCUUUGUUUUAGCUGCCCGUUGCACAUGUAUGAGGCAG